AUGGACGAACUGGCAUCUCCAGCUGCCCCAGCGACAACCUCUGUUUCCCCCAACAUUGAGCAUCUCCUCUCACGUUGGCCCGUGGCCAGUACACUGAGCCACCAUCUCCCAGUAGGCGAUCUAAUCACAGUGUCUCGACUCAGCGUGACGCUACGGGCUCUUCUGCACGGCUUCAAAUCACCGCCAAAGGACGUCCCAGACAUAUUAGAGCCAUCCAACUCAGUACGCCCAGAACUAUACAUCGGCCACCACGGCACCGUCUACUGGCAACGGCUCAAAGACAGGGCCCCCUUCGAAUGCUCUUCGCAGACGCACACGAAAGGCCCCGCACCAAAGCCGUGUCUUUACUGCUCACGGCCGAUCUGCGACGCCUGCAUCGUCCGGGACUCGAUGUUCAAGGGGCACGAGAACACCUUCCCGAAACGGGUGCGAUGUCUCUGCAAGCAAUGCUGGGAGUCAGGCAACAAUAGCCAAACAAGUCGGUAUCCACUUGCUCUUGCACCUCCGCCUGGGAAGGAGGAUUCCUCUGGUCCCCCUUCAUCUUCAUCGCCUUCUCCCUUGACUCACAAACAAUGGUACGACCCGUCAGGCUCGACACGCGACUAUUGCACCUGCACCCUCAUAAGGGACGGCAUCCUCUGUCUCGAGUGCAAGGCCGCCCAGAACAGCUCGGCAGUCUCUACUUCCACUUCCGCAAGCGAACCACGAUGCCACGGCCAAUCCUGCACCAACACACUCACACCGGAGGACGAAGACCGCCGCCGCAUCUGCCUAUGGUGCAACAAGGCCCUGCCCCGCCCGCUCGGCGGCACGACACGCCACCACUGGACGCAGAAGAUCAUCGAGGCGCGGGCCCGCCACGCCGCGUCCCGGUCUGCGGACGUGGAGGAAUGGAAUCGCAAACGGCUAAAAGAGCGGACGAUGUCGCGACGUGAGAUGCGCGGCGACGACGCCGUCCGGGACGAUCCCGAUGCCGACCUCCCGCAAUUGGUGCGUCAUCUCGACACGAUCAAUUAUCAGAACUACAUGGCCCAAUCGUCCGCGCCGAGCCCGGACAUCGUCUUCGCGUCCAAGACCGGGUACUGGCGGUACAGUCGGGGAUUCAUGCUGGCUAUGAGGCCGCGUUGCGCAUUGGUUCUUCCGCUACCUCGAUGCGUCUGGCUGAAGGCAGAAACUGCCGGUGCCGGAACAGACAUGGUAUUUGCCCAGACGAAUGGCGAAAAGGCACAAGACCGGCUUGCGCUACGUGAGGCGAUGAUGCAUAAAAUGCCAAGAGCCCGUCUCUCGCAAUGGUGUGCCUACAGGACCGUGAUCAUGGAGUGUCUUCUUGAACGAAAAUUGACUUACGAGGCGACUCGGGAGUUCAUGCAACGAGAGCACGACUUCGAGGCCAGCACGGAGGAGUAUCGCAAGGUGCUGGGCGUGUGGACCUCGCAGGAGCGGCUGCGCCAAUCGCUCGAAUACGACUUAGGCACGCCCAUGAAAGGCAAGGAAAAGCAUGUUGCGUUGCCUAAGAGAGACCACUUGUCUCUCGGGGGCAAGGCCGCUGCCUUUUCUGGUAACCCAUACAUCAAGGGCCGACAUAUCGACUCUGACAACGACCACUCCUCACAAAUGAGCAGUCCUGAAUAUUUACGCAGAAGAACAGCAUCAGGCGGCUCGGACGCCACCUUUUCUGGGAAAGACAACCUAUACAUUAAGGGCCACCACAUCAACAUUCAUAACGACCCCUCUGCACAACCGAGCCGCCCCAGAUCUGUGUCUCUACGCAGAAUCACAGGAGAAGAAGACCCCUCUACAAAAGCGAAUAGCCCUGGGUUUGGCUCUCUACGCAGAAGAACAAGAGAAGACGACCCCUCCACACAAACGAGUCGCCCUGGGUUCUUCCGCAGAAGCGCAGGAGAAGGCGGCUCGGACGCCACAAUCUCUGGAAACGACAAUCCACAUAUUGAGGGCCAAGACAUCGACUCUGACAACGAUCCGUCUACACAAACGGGUAACCCUAGGUCUCUACGCAGAAGAACAACAGGAGAAGACGGCCCCUUCACACAAACGAACAGCCCCAGGUCUGGGUCUCUACGCAGAAAAACAACAAGAGAAGAAGACCCCUCUACCCAAACGAUCAGCCCUGGGUCUGCGGCUGUGUCUCUACGCAGAAGAACAGGAUCAAGCGACUCGGGCGCGCAUACGUCCAAAUCGAGUUGUCGAGACCGCCUCGACGACCUUGAUCUCCGCAUCCAAUAUGCACUUAGACACAGACCAACUCGGGACCCGCCAUACUUGGCGCAGCCCUUUACCCUGGCAUCGUCGUCGUCGUCGUCGCAUUCGACCACAAUGCUACAGGCCGUGCUGAUACCAUCUACCAGAAGCCUGAAUGCAGUGCAACCAGACGCCAACGAGGAGCCGCCCCCGUAUGAUGCAGAUGGGUGGACGUGGCCUGAGGAAGUUGAGAAUGGGCAUGAGCAUGAGCAUGAGCACGAGCACCGCCAAGCAGAACGGUGA